AUGGAACCGAACAGGGCCGAAGAGCACCAGGCUGGUCGCCGGGCUCGUGAAGUAUAUCGCUACUUCCGACCAGAGCGCCAAGAUACCAUUCAAGAGAAUACAUCGUCACCGGCCGAGCCAGGCUCCUUGCCGAAGACACCUGGUUCCAUCAAUUCCAACCCUGCAGCGCAAUGUUCACCAUUUGACUUGCAGCCGACCCCCGGGGUUUUGCAACAGUCGUUGGAACCUACGUGGGCGCCAUUACAGCCCAUGCCCGAAUCGCUAAUUCUUGGUGAUGCGAACGAGACAUUAAAUUCAUUUGCGCAUUUGGCCGCUUUACGUCUGAAUAUGGAUCGCGUGUUUAUCAGUGUCUCGGAUCGGGAUUCACAAUUUAUAAUUGCGCAAGCUGCCCAAAAUAAAAAAGAGGAUAAUGGGUACGAUCCCAUAGGGCAUGCUGUCAAUACGGGCUACUAUACUCUCGACGUCAGCGCCUGGAAUAUGUGCAGGGCAAGUUAUUCAGAUACUCUCGCGUUGCAUCAAUCUAAUCGGGAAAGAGGAGAAUACAAUUUUCUCGUUUCCAACGACCUGAGUCAGGAUGAGCGGUAUAAAGAUCUUCCUUUCGUGGUAGGGGAGCCUGGGUUCCGGUUCUUUGCCGGCACGCCUCUUACUACGGAAAGUAAUGUCAACAUUGGAUGUUUCUUUGCGCUCGACACAAAACCUCAUCCCGAGUUCAGCUAUAUCGAGAAGGAAACGAUGGCUCACAUGGGAAUGCUCAUUAUGGACUUUUUGAAAGUCAGUCGCCAGGCCUCGGACGGUCGUCAUGCAGCUCGGCUAUCUCGCGGUAUAAAUCUUUUUGUCGAAGGCCACUCCUCGUUUGAGAGAACUUCAGCACGACCCGCUUCUGCCAAUUUCAGCUCGCAACCAGGACACCCCGGCAUAUCAGCCUCCGCACCACGGUCCCCGUCUACUUCUACACAAAAUUCUCGCGAUGAUAUUUCCAGCCGUUCCCGUUCACGAAGCGUACGAUCCACCAGUUCAGCGGCUGAUAGUGUCGAUGAACGGGCCAUUCAGUCCAGUCUUGACUCUCACAUGGCCGAAUGCCUGGCAAAUAAAUCGGGUGCCGCCCGGGGGCUUCCAGCAAAGUUGUGGACUUUUCGUCGAGCCGCAAACCUGAUUCGAGAGAGCCUAGAACUCGAGGAGAACAGUGGUGUCGUAUUUCUUGAAACUGGAGGGGACUUCACUCAAGACAUUGGAACUGAAAGUGACACAUCAAAUUCGUGCUCGUCGGAAAGUUGCAAACCUGCCUCAAUUGUGGCUCUCUCUACUCCCGAAAUGGCAUUUGGUCCAGAUCAUAGUUCACGAAAUCCUCUCCCGAUUACGAAAUUGAAUGAGGAAUUUCUCCGGGGCAUGCUCAGGCGACAUAAAAGGGGCCAGAUUUGGAAUUUCCACCGCGAUGGGCAACUGACCAGCUCGGAUAGCGAAGGCUAUUUUGGGCAGAGCGACAGUCGUGGCCGAAGAAGAAACUCUACCGAUCAAGCAAAGUCACGGAAAAAGAGAAAAGCGAAAGACAACUCCAUGCUCAAUCAGUAUUUUCCCGAAGCUACCCAGGUGUUGUUUGUGCCGCUUUGGAAUGUGGCCAAUUCGCAAUGGUUCGGCGGCUUUUUCUGUUGGACAAAUGUGGAACACAAGGUCUUCAGCCCAUCGAUCGAGCUGAGCUCCUUGCUAAGCUUUGGGUCUUCGAUUAUGGCCGAGUGCAGUCGCAUUGAAACGGUGAUCUCGGAUCAGCAGAAGGAUAAUUUCCUGGGCAGCAUUUCCCACGAAUUGCGCAGUCCUCUUCAUGGUGUCCUCGCAGCAACCGAAAUGCUCAAAGAUACGAAUCUAGACCAAUACCAAAACUCACUCAUAGAGACUGUUGAUGCGUGCGGCCGAACAUUACUUGAUACCAUGAAUCAAGUCUUGGAUUUUAGCAAGCUCAUGUCUCUUGAACGCAAGUCACGUCGGCGGAGGCGACGCAAGGCUAUGUCACAAGACUCUGGCAGUUCACAUCUCUCUGCUGCGCACCUCGAUCUGUACAAGCCUACAGACCUCUCCGCUGUUGCAGAGGAAGUGGUCGAGGGCGUCUUUCUAGGGCAUAUCUAUAAUCAGCGAUCAACUGCAUCUCUGGACCUUCUGGGUACUUCUUUGGUCGUGCCAGAAUUUCCAGAGGAUCUUCACUCCGUGAAAUCAUCCGUCAAAAUUAUCAUGGAUAUUGCACCUACAGAUUGGGUCUAUCAUGCCCCUCCUGGAGCCGUCCGUCGAAUCAUCAUGAAUCUGUUCAGCAAUGCACUCAAAUACACUCCUGCCGGCCAAGUUUGCCUACGCUUGGAGACGGAAGACAAAUCCGAACCUUCAUCAAAGCGUUCAUCAAAUCGGGACCGUAACAAGGAGCGAAAUGUUAUCCUGACAGUCUCUGACACUGGAAAGGGCAUAUCGGAGGAAUACCUACGCGGGAAGCUUUUCACACCCUUUGCGCAAGAGGACAGUCUUGCCGUAGGCUCUGGCCUCGGCCUGUCUAUCGUUCACAGCCUCCUUCAGUCCCUCGGUGGUAGUAUCGAUAUCAAGAGUUGCCUGGGCGAGGGAACGACCGUGAGAGUAACGAUUCCACUGAUGCGGAGUGGUGAUGGGGUCGGAUUUGAUCUCGUCUCUCCGCCUGUUCAGGGCCGCGACCCACAAUCAAGACAGGACCACCUUCUACAGGGCCACGAAGGACGGACAGUUGCCAUACUCGGAGUCGAUCCCAAUAACGCAUUGAGUGAUCAGAACUGGGCCGAUAUAGCUCGUUACAUCACUGAUUGGUACGGUCUUCGGUUGGUAUCCAUGUCGGGAUCCGAACCCAUUGAUCUCAUCGUGGCCGAUGAAUUGCCUAGCGAGACAGCCAUCAGCCGAAGCUCCGCUACUAUGAGGACAGCGUUGCUUGUGGUGAGCGAUCAGUAUGUUGUCCGUGAAAUUAUGCAAGUCCAGUGGCUUGGGGGUACCAAAUCCGUCAACAUGAUCCAUCGUCCUUGCGGUCCACAUAAGCUCCGACGAUAUAUCUCGCAAUGUCUGGAUGAGGCAUCAAAAUUGCCAUUGAUUCCAGAGACAAAGGCUAUGAUUCUGCCGGCGAGGCCUGGUCUAUUCUCCAGGAGGUCAUUCCAGGUCUCAAACCUUGACUUCCCGAAGCAGAAGCAAGUAAACGGAGGUCAUCACACCAAGGGAGCGCGCUCGUUCUCUAUCCCACCCGAACUCUCCCCCAAAUCCUUUACAGAACCAGCGACCGGAAAACGGGACGCUCGAAUCCUAGUUGUUGAAGACAACAAAGUCAAUCUAAACCUGAUGCUCGCAUAUUUGAAGAAACGACAGCUGGCAACCCUCGACUCUGCUGAAAAUGGCAGUCUGGCCGUCGAGGCCGUCAAGAAACAAGGUGAUGGCAGCUACGACAUCAUCUUUAUGGACAUUUCAAUGCCGGAAAUGGACGGUUUCGAAGCAGCGCGGGCGAUUCGUGCAUUGGAGAAAGAGCGCAGCCCUGGCUCUACGCGGGCCAUUAUUAUUGCAUUGACUGGUCUCAGCAGCUCAGAGGAUGAAUCCAAGGCCCUUGAAUCGGGAAUGGACAUGUUUUUGACAAAGCCGGUCUCUUUUAAGCAUGUCGGGAGAUUACUGAAGGAGUGGACGGAGAAUCACUCUGAAAGGAAUAGUGAUUCCUCUGCAUAA